AUGGCAUCUCAUUACCCCCGCCCAUUAGUAUUGACCAAUAAUUCCUUCCCUCCACCCGGAGCAUCCAAUUCCACAAUCACAGAGACCCUAAACAGAUUCUGUCGCUCCAUCAACUUCCCAGUUCGCAUCCUGGGUUGCUCUGUGAAAGCAGGAGGAAACAAUACCAUAAUCCUCUGCUACGCAGUGUUCGCCAGCCCUACACAAGCUACGCCUCCUUCUCCAAUUUCCUGCAUUUUACGAAUUGGAAAAUUACGAUGGAAUCUCCACGAUUACGUCGAUCCGGGAAUUCUAGAAAUGGCCGCAUUCCACCACGUCAUGGGAAGAGCAUCACCACUCAUCCCUUCCGUCUACGCCUGGGAUGCAACAUGUGUGAAUCUCCUCGGAUGUCCCUACGUCAUCCAACCGCUCAUCGCUGGUCAUGACUUACAGACGCUAUACACCCCACUUGGUGGCUGGCACGAUCCGAUCGAAACGCGAAUUAACUUCGCUUACGAAGUCGCGAGAUGCAUCAAACAUAUUGAAAGUUUUCGAUUCGAGAACUACGGCACUUUUGCAAUUUCCUCGCGAAUGCCAGAGAAGUGUUCGGAUCCAAGCUUUCCUCUCAUUUCCCAGCUCAUUGGGUUUUCGCCAAUGCCCUGGACUGCGAAUUCUUUUAUGAGAAAAAAUACGAAGAUCGGACAUUUUCUCAUCGAUAUCUUGACUUCGCAGUUGAAUAAUGCGAGAAGACCACUGGAAGAGGAGAGACAUGAUAUACUUGUGACUAUGGCAUACGGAUUGAAUGAACUUGAACAUACUCAUUCGUUAGCACAAAUCGGCGAACCAGCUGUACUUUGGCAUCCUGAUUUUUGGCCUCGGAACAUCAUGAUGGAGAAGACUGAACUUGAUGUUAGGAUCACUGGGGUUAUUGAUUGGGAUGGUGUUAUGAUUGUUCCGCGUAUUAUGACUCGUCGACCUCCUGUGUUUUUGUGGGAUGAAGGGGAUGAUUUGUCGAUAUUUGAGAGAAAUGUGAUAAAGUAUCAGUUCGAUCAGAGGAUUGAACAAUUGUUGCCGGGAUACUGUUCGGAUGCAUAUUCUGAUUGGGGGAAUAUGACUAGGGCGAUAGCGACGUAUGCGUUGAAGGGUGUUGACUGGAAUUAUUGUGAGCUUUCUUUUGGUGCAUUAUUGGAGCUCUGGAAUGAUUUUUGGGGGAAUGUAUGA